AUGUCAGACCCAGCAGACGAAGCAGGAGGAGAAGUAAUCUUUUCCGAUGAUGGAUUGUCGCCCGUAGCCGCCACCAAAGCACCCACACUUUCCCAAGCUUCCACCAAAGAUGGGGAAACCAUUUUGGAUUCGGACGACUUUUCACCCGAAACUGCCUUUGAAGUCUUUCAAGGAAAGGUUUACAGUACGCAACAACAACAGCAACAACACGGCUUUAUCAAUAGAUUUGCUCCCAAGGAUGAAACACCACUGGAAAAACUGGCACGCCUUUCCUCGGAAGUGGCGGAAUUGGAAGCUCAAUUCAAAACGACGGCGUCGACUUCUGGAAAAGACUUUGACGAACAAUUGAUUGGCUUGGCAUCGGAUUUAUCGACUCGUCUUCAGACUGCGUCGUCCAACCGAAUGGAGCAAGAUGACUUGACGCGAUUGAUGAAGCAACAAUUGGACAGCAUGAAACGAAAGGACGACUCGUCUACUCCAUCGGCGGCUGCAGCAGCGGCUGCCAAUGCCGGUAAAACGGGUGUGGUCUACGAACUAUAUGGAAGUGCUGGCAAUGCUACCACUUCCAUGGAAUCCAGAAUUAUCAAAUUGGAACGGUUGUUGGGUUCCUCUCAAAAUACAGUCACCCACAAUUCGUUGGUGUCACGGUUGGAAGAACUCGAGUCGCUGGUCCAAACGGUGGAUCCCACAAUCCUAGAGUCGACGGCCACCAAGGCCAAGGUCAUUCGAGCCGACUUGGAGGCAGCCAGCAAGGCCAAGAACAAAUUGACAGCCACCUACAAGAAGGAAGAUUCCAAAAUGAUUCAACAAUUGCACCAACAGAUGGUAGAGCUGGAAGGAUUGAGUGGCUAUUUGCCCAGUCUGGUGGAACGAUUGCAACAAUUGUCAGGUCUUCACGUCCAAGCCUCUAGUUUUACGUCACGUCUGGGACAAGUUGAGAAAUCGGCUAAUCAAAUUGGAUCUACCCUUUCUGUCAUUGAAGAAACCUUGGACAAGGUCCAAACCAACAUGGUGGAAAAUGUGCAAUCGAUGGAAACUAACAUGAAGUCUUUGGACGAACGUUUGAACCAGCUGUAA